GUUAUUAUGGAAUAUUGUAUAUUAUUGACUGUCGCACCAACUUCCGUCGCGCGACAACGUUGCCGUGUUCUGUGUGCAGGAGCCAUCAGUGAGCGAUUGUAGUAUUGAAUACACCAAUGCACUAUCGUAUCUGUGAUCUGUGUGCCAGCAUAUCGAUGAUUGAUUCUUUUUGUUUCGGAUUCCUAACCUCUCGCUCAGAGGAGCAUCAAGUGUUUUAUUCAUUAUUUUCUCCACAAAACUAUAAUAGAAUGGAUAACAGUGUCAAUUAAUAAAUCACAAAGUGAAUAAUAUGCCGACAGAAGAUUAUCUACAGCUAUUUUCUUCUAAUCUUUGUGGAAAUUUUAGACGAAGUACGUCAUAAUAGGAAAUUGCUCACGAAUAACCAUAACACCGCUUCAAUUGCUCAUGAAAAAUUUGCAAGUAUAAUAAAACAGUAACAAUGGCGUAUUCCGUGAAUAUUUCUAUAGAAGCGCCGAUCGAAAACCAGAUACAAGAAAUCUCCUACGAUGGACAAGAAAUUUACCAAGCACCUCUUACAUUAUCAGAGAACCUGGCAAAAAUUGCUCAAAAGAUUGACUUCAGCAAAACAAAUGGUGAUGAGAUAAGCAAGGAGCAAUUGGAGGGUGGUGAAAAGAACGAAGAGGAUCAAAAAGAUUCAGCCUCAUUUCAGUCCUCUUUGUGGCCAUGGGAUAGCAUUAGGAAUAAAUUAAGGAAUGCAUUAACAGAAGUUUGCGUGUUAGCCGAUGUGCUUGCAAUAGCAAAAGAGAAAAAUUAUAUGGUGCUAGAUCCAGUACCUCAAGAAUCAGUUGAGGUAAAGCCUAUGAUGCAAGUAUAUGCUAGGAAGAAGGCACUGACAGGAGCAGGGAAUCUUAUCAUUCAUGGGGCCCAAAGACUGCAGAAUAGUCAAGCCGAAUUAACCAAAAAUAGAUCCACUCCUGACUUUCAUAUAGAAUUAUUGAGAUUACGACAAAAUUGGCGUUUGAAGAAAGUGGCAAACUCUAUCAUUGGUGAUCUCAGUUAUCGAACUGCUGGCUCAAAGUAUACACAGACGGGCAUGUUCGAGGUUACCAAAGCUGAGGAUGAGGAAAGAAAUAGUAAUAGUCCGCCAGUAUCUCCUAACGCCGGUAGCAGCACAUCGGGACAGCCUCACGGUCCCUCAAAUUCAAAGGCUUCUGCAUUGCGAGUAACCAUACCCAGUGAGCUUCAAGGCGUUGCUUAUAUCGAAGUAUUGUGUCAGAAAGAUCAAGAAGAUCUUUGCAGCGCAAAUAUAAGUCUGCUUAAUAGCAGUGCAAAUAGUUCAAAUGCGGAUAUGCAUUGGCAGCAGAAAUUGGAAGCAGCGCAGAAUGUGCUAUUUUGCAAAGAGCUGUUUAGUCAAUUAGCGCGGGAAGCUGUACACUUACGCGCGCCUAUACCUCAUAUGGUUGUAGGAAAUCAAAUAAUGGCUACGGUACUUCCCGGAAUUCAAUUAAUAAUUGGCUUAUGCCACAGUACAGGCAACGACAAAAAACCCACGGCUCCACCGCCGCACAAAACGGACCACGAUCACGUGUUAGAGCAUUCUCUGCACCAACUGCUACGCGAAGUACAUCACAAAAACACACAUCAUCCAUUGCCUCAUCCUUCGUCUGGCCCGCUUGGUCCCAGUAAACGUAGAUGCUUAGCCGGCCCCACUGCAGCCGAUAGAUACGAGCUUCUAGAAAUGGCAAAAAGUCAAACGUUGUUAGAGCAGAUUAUUCAACAGGCGCAACAUUUCUUUAUGCGUUUACGUACAGAAUAUGUAUUAGAUACGAUAGCGAAGGAAGUCAAAGAUCCCCUCAUCGUUUCACAUUGGAAUGCUCUCAAUUCGCCGACGCAGUCCUGUGUGAAGAUUAAUAUCCUCACGCACGGGUACGACAGUGUGUGCCGGACGUCGCUAGUCGUCCAUGUCGGCGAAAAAUCGUUGAAAUGCGUUUGCCGCGACGGCAGAGUUAUGCAUAUGAGUUACGAACCUCAGGAAUUGAGGGACUUAAUUUUUUGUCAGAUUUAUCAGCAUCAGAUAACUGCAGUGCAAGCUUUGGCCAAAUGCAUGGGUUGGCAGUUUUUAGCAAACAGUUCACAUCUUGGUGUAGGUUCAGUGGAACCUCUAGGAAAUGCCAGUAGUUGUAUUCUAGCCUCACCAAUUGGGGACAGAAUGAUAGCUGUACGAUGUGAACCACAAACUGGCGUGCAGGUGUCCAUUGCUCAUUCGCCUCGAAAGGAUUUCUUCCCAGGCCAACUGGUUCGAGAGAGGAAAUGGGAGAAUCUGGGUGGCUCUUUCAAGGAAGUCAGAUGGGACAAGAUGGAAGGGAAAAAUUUUCUCAACAAAAUGGAGUUACUCAUGGCUUCCUUAACAAGUUCUUAAGUAAUGCAAAAUUAUCGGCAAAGAUAAAUCAAUUUUUUCAAGAUGACACUCGUAACAAUCUUGUUUUUAAAAUAGUUCGAUUUCGCACGUAAAAUAUAAGACGUUUUAUUAUAAUAAAACGGAUUUUGAUUUUAUAAAGAA